CACUACACAGGCCAAGAUGCAUCAGCACGUAUCUCCCUAAACGCUGUGAUAAAGCCAUUGCAUUAAAGUAGGUCAUUGUAUCUCACAUCGACAUGGACUAUGGCCGAAACCUGACCUAGCAAAACACAUGUCAAGAUCCGGCCUGUACUGAACUGAUCACGGGUGUUAAGCGAACCUACAGGCGACAAUGUUUUGCUGUAACCUCCCUUGCCUCGUGGGUGCUGCAGUCGUCUUUGCGGGCCUUUCGUAUGUCGCGUACAUACCGUUGAUGGAGGGUAUUGUGGACACGUAUCAAGCGAGGAUGAUCUCCACAUUUGCAAGAGUUGUUAGAAUAACGGGAGGCGUGGCAGGAGGUCUUGGUGUGGAGAGGCCGGAUAACGUGGCGAGAAUGCUUACUAGUCUCAUCCUCUCAGACAAAAUCCCACCUCCCGAGACAGAUCAACUAAAGGUGGAAGACUACACGUUUGAUGGUGUACCGGUAAGGCUGUAUCGUCCAACAAGUGCAGCAAACCCAUCGCCAUCCGUGAUAUAUAUUCAUGGUGGGGGCUGGACCAUCCUAAACGUAGACAGCUACGAUGAUACAGUAUCAGACUUAACAGUAACAUCUGGCUAUGUCUUUGUUUCCAUUGAGUAUCCGCUAGCCCCUGAAAAUCCGUUCCCUAAACCGUUCGAGGCAUGUCUAAAAGCAGCCCUUCACGUGUUGGCCCACGCAGGGACAUAUGGUCUAGAUGCAGAGAACAUAGCUAUUGCAGGGGACAGCUCGGGUGGUAAUCUCGCAGCUGCAGUAGCUCUGAAGCUAUCUGAGGUGAAAGACAUCCCCAAACUCAGGUUCCAGUGGCUCAUCUACCCGGCGCUCCAAGCGUUCAGUUUCAAAACCCCAUCUUACGUUUCAAACGAGGAGGCCUCUCCCUACUUCCUCCAAUGCGAGACAAUGACACGUUAUUGGUGCAACUACAUGGGCAUUAACACACCAACCAUGAUAGAAGCUUUCAGUACCAACAACCACACUUCUAGGAAGCUGAAACAAUCGAUCUAUGCUUCAUAUGUUAGUUCCAAGCUGCUGCCAACGGCAUAUCACGGCGAUAACUUAGAACCAACCAAUAUAGAUCAUGGCGAUGAUAACAUCUCCAAUCAAAUUGAGAACAUUAUUUUGAAUCCUUAUUUUGCUCCCUUGAUGGCUCCGGAUCUUAGUGGAGUGGCUCCAGCGUUUGUGGUCACAGCUGAGUUUGAUGUUCUGAGGGAUGAUGGUCUGAUGUAUGCUCAGAGGAUGAAGGACGCCAGUGUGGACGUGGUUGUCUACAACUCCCCGGGGUCUAUACAUGGCUUCUUGUAUUUUUUUGUUGGUCUUAUUCCCAAGUAUGCUGACACUGAUCACACAGUCGACAUGUUUGUAAAGUAUGCAAUGAAACAAUUCAAAUGAAUUUUAACUGUUGAUCUACAUGUAUGCUUAUAUGUAUUUCUUUUUCUAACAAUAAAGAAAAUAAUCUUAGUUCAAUUUCUAAUAAA